GUCUUCGUUUCCUCUUCCCCACUCCGUCUUCGUUCCCCUUUCCUCCUCCUCUCCUCGUCCUCAUCUCCUUCGUCAAACCUCAGGGGCCAAGCAACCGCCGCCGUCCCCGAAUUCGUCGCCCCAGACCCCUCCCGGCCGCGCCCCGAUCGACCCUCGCCGCCGAUCCGCCGUAAUCCGCCGCAAAGGCGGCGCCUUUAGCUCCCCCCCUCCGGAUCCGAUGUACAGCAACUUCAAGGAGCAGGCGAUCGAGUACGUGAAGCAGGCGGUCCAGGAGGACAAUGCCGGCAACUACGUCAAGGCGUUCCCGCUCUACAUGAACGCGCUCGAGUACUUCAAGACCCACCUCAAGUACGAGAAGAACCCCAAGAUCAAGGAGGCCAUCACCGCCAAGUUCACCGAGUACCUCCGUCGCGCCGAGGAGAUCCGCGCCGUCCUCGAUGAGGGGGGCGGCGGUGGGCCGGGCGCGCCCAACGGCGGAGACGCGGCCGUCGCCACGAAGCCCAAGAGCAAGGGCAAGGACGGCGGCGGCGGCGGCGACGGCGGGGAUGACUCGGAGCAGUCCAAGCUGAGGGCCGGGCUCAACUCGGCCAUCAUCACCGAGAAGCCCAACAUCAAGUGGAACGACGUCGCCGGACUUGAGAGCGCUAAGCAGGCGCUGCAGGAGGCCGUCAUAUUGCCCGUCAAGUUCCCCCAGUUCUUCACAGGCAAGCGGAGGCCAUGGAGGGCUUUUCUUUUAUAUGGUCCACCAGGAACAGGAAAGUCUUAUUUGGCUAAAGCUGUUGCAACCGAAGCUGAUUCGACAUUCUUCAGCAUAUCUUCAUCAGACCUUGUUUCAAAAUGGAUGGGAGAAAGCGAGAAAUUAGUUGCUAAUCUUUUCCAAAUGGCCCGCGAAAAUGCUCCUUCCAUUAUCUUUGUUGAUGAAAUUGAUUCCUUGUGCGGUACACGCGGGGAAGGCAAUGAAAGUGAAGCUUCUAGGAGAAUCAAGACUGAACUUCUUGUACAGAUGCAGGGAGUUGGCCAUAAUGAUGAUAAAGUUCUCAUUCUUGCUGCUACGAAUACGCCAUAUGCUUUGGACCAGGCUGUGCGGCGGCGGUUUGACAAACGUAUUUACAUUCCUCUACCUGACGCGAAAGCAAGGCAGCAUAUGUUUAAGGUCCAUCUUGGGGAUACACCACACAACUUGACUGAAAGUGAUUUUGAGGUCUUGGGUCGUCGGACAGAUGGGUUUUCUGGUUCUGAUAUUGCUGUUUGCGUGAAGGAUGUGUUAUUUGAGCCCGUGCGCAAAACACAGGAUGCGAUGUACUUCUUUAAGACGGAUGGUGACAUGUGGAUGCCCUGUGGAUCAAAGCAACCAGGCGCUGUACAGACCACCAUGCAGGAGCUUGCAUCCAAAGGCCUAGCCUCACAGAUUCUUCCACCCCCAAUCUCGAAGACUGAUUUCGAGAAAGUCCUCGCGAGGCAGAGACCGACAGUCGGCAAGAAGGACCUGGAGGUGCACGAGAGGUUUACGAAAGAGUUCGGCGAGGAGGGUUGAUACGCCGUACGUGAAUGCCCCCAUCUUAUGCACAGCUGCACCACAGAAAUGUAUAUUGCUUACCAAACUUUGAUUGUUCCGCUUGUUGGGGUUAGAUUCGCAGAUCUGUACACUCUGGUAGCCUUACUGUGCUUAACUUACGGCGGCUUUAUUAUGCUGGGCUAUCAUUGUGCCUGUGUUGUCAACUCAUUUGAUUUUUACACUCCGUUAUACUUGGAAUUUUCCACAAGUGUAUUAAGGAAUAAUAAUUCUUAUUGUGGGGAGUUCUUGUGGUGCAGCCUGCAUCUGAUUUCUACU